AUGGAGAGGAAGCGCCUCAAGACCCAUCAUGACUUUGACACUGUCUCCACCUGCAGCACCGACUCUCACACUCUGUCCCUCUGGAGCAGCGAUUCCGAAGCACUCUUCAGCCGCAGCGACCCUCUGCCCCGCCGAGCCUCAUCCUUGCUGUCGCUCCCAACCGAAAUUCGAUUCCUCAUCUAUCAGUACGCAUUCUCCUCGUCUUCACGAUGGGAAGAACUGAUUCGGAUUACCGUUGACCGAAAGACCCCCUCGCAAGGGCCGCAGACCGUCUCUACUGUCUUCAGAUCGAAGCCUCCAGAGGUCAAGCUGAAAUACAGCCGCAAACCACCUCACCACCUCCCCGUCGCACUCCUCCGCACCUGCCAUCAGAUUUACAACGAGGCACUGCCUGUCCUAUUAUCAGGUGUAUGUUUUGGCUUCGCCACGAAACCUACGUCUCUGAUGUUCCUGCUCGACCGAUUCUCCGAGACUGCCCACAAUAACGUCCGAUACCUCCACCUUUACCCCGCACCUUUGUACGUCAACAACGGGCCUAUCGGGGAUCAGCUCUCCUGGGCUGUUUUAUGCGCACGACUAGCUGGCUUGCCUUCUCUGAGGCGCCUUAGUGUUGUAUAUGGCUUCGCUGAAGAUCUGAGGGCGAAUCGGGUUGAGCUUCAUCGCUUGUGGUAUGGGAAGUCGCUGUCAAGGAUCCGCGCUCUCAAAGAGCCGGAGUUUGAGGGAGAGGAAGAGUUGACGCCGGCGGAGCUAAGGGAGUGCUAUGAUCGGUUUACACGAAUUGUUCAGCCUACUAAUAUGGGUUCUGAGGCUUAG